AUGAUCCACCCAGGCCUCUGGUCACGGCACAACCACAAGACAUCGGCAUUGCGACAACAACAACAACCGCGUAUCGACGAAGGGGUAUUUGUCGAAAUACCUACCAGUACUCGGAAUAUCGGUACGGUUUUCUUUCUCAACUUCACCGCCGAGCACUUUCGAGAUGGAAGUCUCCCGCAAGCAUUGGAAGACGACGUCCCUGAACCCGAGAGUUAUGAUUCCAUCGGCGCAUCCGUAGACGAAGUUCUCGAUGAUGGCGAAAUCCUUCGUCUAACUGGCGUUGCUCCCCCUUUGUCUCUGAUGCCGGCACACUCGUCUUACCAAGGCGUAAACACGAACUUAUUGUCGUACUACAUCCACGUCCUCUCCCCGCAGUGCUCCUUGAGCGAAACGGAUAAUCCGUAUCUCAACGUGCUGUUACCCGUAGCGUACGAGUUUGAACCCCUUCGAGACGCGUUGUUAGCUGCGGCGGCGAACCAUCUACGUCUCCACGACGAUUUGCGGUUCGAAAGACACGCGUUGGAAUUAAAGACGGCAGCGAUCAAGGGACUACGAAACCACCUACGAACAAACGACAUGGAUUGGCAGAGUCUUGCUACCACUCUCAUGUUUUGCUUUUAUGAUAUCUCAGAUGGCUGCGCGCCAUCAUGGAUUACUCAUCUGAAAAUGGGCUUGCAAAUGCUGACUUAUCUAACGACCCGGACAUCGGUCGAUGAUAGUCUCAAAGCAUUCUGUGAGAUCUACUUUGUUGCACACGAAGUCAUGGGUGGAACUGCGUGGACCGGAUGGUCGAAUUCCGAUGGCGAUAGUUUUGCGCUCGCGCGAUCAGAAGAGAUCGAUCCCUUAAUGGGCUGUUCCCGUGAGUUGAUCUCCAUCGUAGGCCAAAUCUCUUCGUUGGCACGUCGCGUCCAAACAUCCACCGACCCAUCCUCGAUCAUUGAAUCGACCGAGUUUCUGACCAUGCGCAACGAUCUCGUUUCUCGUCUCCGCCGUCUCCGGCAAUGUGUUCCAUCUUCGUGCGUCGACCAGCCUCUCCUGAUGCAGAUUGCAGAGGUGAAGCGACUCGCGGCGAUGCUGUACCUGGAGGAACGAGUGCCUCGACCCACGGACACAUCGUCCGUGGACAACUGUAUCCCUCCCCCAAGAUCUCUUGGUCGCAAAAGGCUGAUAGACUGCAUCAUGUCGUCCCUGCGACUUCUGCCCGAGACGUGCGCGGCGUCGUUAUGGCCUUUGUUUGUCCUAGGAAACUCUCGACUAGAGUCAGAGGAACAACGGCAUUUCGUACUUACGAGGCUGGGGCAGUUGGAGGAUUCGCGCAAAUUGGGCAGUAUAUAUCACGCGCGUCGCCUGGUGGAGAGGUAUAUUGCUGCCAGCAGUCUGCCGUCUAAUCCGCUGGUGUUGGGCAAUUUGCCUAGGGGUUUGGCCUUGACGGAGAACGAAAGAUGGAUCAGUCUGGCCUAA